AAUGAUACAACCUGACACCUCUAGACACCUAACGCUCAAAGGAAUCCUGGCCGACCUUCUGCUCAUCCUAAAUGAAAUUCAGUCGGUGCCCUUGAGAGGAUAAAUGCUCAUUGCAAUCCAGAGGACACCAUCUUGCCAGGAGAAUGUCCUUUCCCCCACUCGGCCUGCAAACCCACAUUCCGAUGGAUGGUGGACGGUGGUGACACCAUGUAGAAGGUGCUGAAGGGGUGUCCUAACUGAGUUGCAAUGGUUUUAUACACUUCCCCAUUUCCUAACGGCUUUCUUUCUGCACUGCAUUCCUUCUCCUGGGGCUUAAUCUUUCCAUGCUAUUGGCUCGGGGACCGGCUUGUGGCCUCUUUUGUGCCUACCACCUACGAGAAACGGCAAAGGGGAGAUGACCCAUGUUACUUCCAUGCUCUUUGUGUCAUCAUCACCACCCCCAUCUACUUAGCGCUGCUGGUGGUUUCCCUUCCUUUUGCCCUGAUCGGGUUCCUGUUAUGGUCCCCCCUCCAGUCAGUGAGACGCCCAUACAUUUAUUCCAGGCUACACGACAAAAGCCAGCUCAACGGAAGCACCUUACUCACAGAGUGGAAGGCUACCAGCAAUGGGAAAAGCUUUUGUUUUAGCAGUGCCAACGUCUGCUUGCUCCCAGACUCCUUGGCGAGAUUCAACAAUGUUUUCAAUACACAGGCACGGGCAAAGGAAAUUGGGCGAAGGAUCCGGAAUGGGGCAAGCAGGCCUCAGAUCAAAAUCUACAUAGAUUCUCCCACCAACACAUCGAUCAGCGCAGCAAGCUUUAGCAGCCUUGUUUCCCCUCAAAGCGGAGAUGGCAAUAACCGAGCAGUCAACACGGGCAUUAAGAGAACCACAUCCAUGGAGUACAAAGGAGACAACUCUGGUUCUAACAAUGAAGAUGGCAAAGAUGCCAAAGCUGCAGGAGAUGCUGGUGAUGGAGAAGAUGGCAACACUUGCAUUGUGCGCAUAGGUGGAGAGGAUAAUGGCCAUAUUUCAGACCUAGAAGCUGAUGGGAUGGGAAGCCACAUGAAUAACAGCAAGGGAGCAGUGAACUGUUCACCAGAAUCAGAAGCUGAGAUCCUGAAAGGUCAAACAUCCAACCCUAAGCAAAAGGAAGGGGAUUCUGGGAGCCUGGAUAGCUGUACUGCCUCACGAGAGUCCCUGGUGAAGAUGCGCUCUGGAGAUGGGCCAGUUGACCAAAGCACCGUGAACAGUAAACUCCUCUACAAGGCCUCACUUAUGAAGAAGACCUCUGUGAGGAAAAAGAAGAAUAUGGAUGAGCCCUUUGACCACGAGAUCUCUGCUUUCUUUCCUGCCAACUUGGACUUCCUGUGCUUGCAGGAAGUGUUUGACAAAAGGGCGGCAGAGAAGUUGAAAGAUCAGCUCCAUCGCUAUUUUGAGUACAUUCUGUAUGACGUUGGAGUCUACAGCUGCCACGGCUGCUGUACCUUCAAAUUUGUGAACAGUGGCCUGCUUUUUGCCAGUCGCUACCCAGUUAUGGAUGCUGCCUAUCACUGUUACCCCAACGGAAAAGGAACAGAUGCCUUGUCUUCAAAGGGUGCCCUGUUUCUCAAGGUGCAAGUGGGAAGUACACCUCAGGACCAAAGAAUUGUGGGAUACAUUUCCUGCACCCACUUGCAAGCUCUGGCAGAGGACACAAUUGUUCGAUGUGAACAACUGGAUCUGCUUCAGGAUUGGCUGGCUGAUUUCAGAAAAUCUACCUCCUCCUCCAGUACAGCCAAUCCAGAGGAGCUGGUGGCAUUUGAUGUGGUCUGUGGUGACCUGAACUUUGACAAUUGCUCAUCAGAUGACAAGCUGGAACAGCAGCACUCCUUGUUCACCCGCUACAAGGACCCAUGCCGCCUAGGUCCAGGGGAGGACAAAUCAUGGGCAAUUGGAACCCUGUUAGAUCCGAAAGGACUGUAUGAUGAAGAAGUGUGCACACCGGACAACCUACAGAAGACGAUGGAAAGUGAAGAAGGACGAAAAGCCUAUCUUGUAUUUCCCACCAGCAAGACCCAGGCCUUGAGUCAGAAAGGGAGGAAGGGGGCUCUGAAAGGCAAUGGGAGGCGGAUUGACUAUCUGCUUUACAGCAAGGAAGGACUCUAUCUAGAGUGGAAAGUGGAAGUAGAAGAAUUCAGUUUUAUUACCCAGUUGGCAGGACUCACGGAUCACCUGCCUGUUGCCAUGCGUCUAAUGGUUUCAACUGGAGAAGAAGAUUCUUAAAUAAGGAAGGGUUGUCACUUUUUCUUCAAGAGCUUAGAAGAGGGAACUUCCAAACUUGUGACCAAGACGCAAGAGUGGUCUUUUCUGGUGCCCCCAUGCCUCUAAACCCCUCAGGACGGACCAGGCUGGAUUCCAAUUGAUUUUUCUACAUACAAAACCCACUUGGAGGAUGUUGAAAAAGGAAACAGAGGCAUAUGUGAACACGUAUGGGGAGUUGGAUGAGAUGAAGGUCAAUUCUAUUGACAAGUGUCACAAGUUGCCCCAGCAACCAGGCAGGCCUAUAUUUCUAUACUUUCACUGUGGACUUAAAGGAACCAAGAUAGAAGUCCCAAUUCCUUUGAAUCAGUGCCAUUCUUAAAUAAUCUA